CCCAUAGGGAAAGAUCUGGACUGCCAACUCGACUCGAUUGAAUUUGUAGUACCCACGGCUUAGAGGCACUUGAUCACGCAACACCUGAGAGUUUGCCGCUAAAAGCUUCUGCUCGAAAAUCCAGCCGGGUAAACGUUAACGACAUUUCAGAGGACUUUCUCUUCGCUUUCUUGUCUGCCGGUCGAAAGCUGCCCUGAGAGACGGAUAUACAACAAUGACAGCUCUCCAGGGAAUCGACGUAUGCAAACCGAUGUCAUGAAGCUAUGCAUGUCCGAGUUCGACGUUCAACUCGUGAAUGACUCUAUGUUCGAAUUCUACGUCCGAUUCCCGGGUCCUGAAGAAACUCCUUUCGCUGGGGGCGUGUGGAAGGUUCACGUGGAGUUGCCGGAACAGUAUCCAUAUAAGAGUCCGAGUAUCGGCUUCAUGAACAAGAUUUUCCACCCGAAUAUUGACGAAUUGAGCGGAUCAGUAUGUUUGGACGUCAUUAAUCAAACUUGGUCCCCAAUGUUCGAUAUGCUCAACAUUUUCGAGCAAUUCCUACCACAACUUUUGCGCUACCCAAAUCCCAGCGAUCCACUGAAUGGCGAAGCUGCUAACAUGCUCAUGCGAGAACCCAAAGCAUAUGAGGAAAAAGUGAAGCUGUAUGUUCAAAAGUAUGCAUCAAAGUUUCCGGGGGAUAGCCCAAAGUCCCGAGGAAAGGAACUUACCAAGGAAGACGGCGGUGAAAAUGAAGAAGAAGAAGAUAUGAGCGAUUGUGGAAGUAUUAGCUCAGAUGACUUCGGUGCCGACGAUCCGUGCGAGAAUAUGGACCUAUAGGCCCGCUUUUUCUUUCUUCAAUCUCCAACCCACAGGGAUCGAUCCACAUGGACCCCUUGGUUUCCUUCCUUUCGUCCUUUUUUCUCUUGAUUUCAUUUCUCGCCCGGUCGCAUGAUACCCA